GCUGUGCUUGCUAGCCUAUUACUAUUUCCAAUGGUUAUGAUGGAUGUUGACUCGACUGACUUGAGGCCUGAAAGAAGUGGUGAAAUGAGAGAACGAGAUGAUUCGCCUGGUAGGGAGAGGUGGGGUGAGGAUGGACUUGAUGCUUUGGAAGAAAAUGAUCUUGAGAAAUCUAGGGAUUCAAGCAAGCAUCAGAGCAAGACUUCUGGGAGUUCUGGCCGAAAAGAAGAAAAAGAACAUAGAAGUAAAAAUCGAGAACGGUUAAGAGAGGGAGAGAAAGAGGAUAAAGGUUUACAGAAGGACCGGGUGUCCAGUAGAGAUAGAAGGAAGGAGGAUAGAGAUGAUACAGAAAAGGACAAGACCAGAGACAGGGUUCGAGAGAAAGAUACUGACAGGGACAAGUACAGAGACAAAGAGAGAGAUAGAGGAAGAGAGAAAGAUCGUAGAUAUCAUGAAAAGGAAAAAGAGCGAGAUAAGGACGACUUGGAGAGGGAUGGUGGACGGGGUCGAGAUAAGGAGAGAGCAAAAGACAAAAACAGGGAUAAAGACAAGGACAAGGAGAGGACAAAAGAUAGAGAAAGAGAAAAGGAGAAGGAUAGAGAGAAACAGAGAGAAAGGGAAAGGGAAUAUGAUAGGGUGAGAAGUAAAGAUGCAAGUGAUAAAGAAAAGGUGAAACAGAGAACUAGAGAGGAGUGGGAUGUGGUUCGUGGUAAGGAGAAGUCAAGAGACACAGAUGGAAGCUAUCGGAAUAGGAGCAUGGAUGUGGGAAAUGAUGACGUGUCAAGAUUCAAUGAAGAAGAUGGUAUUGAUGGGGACUUAUCUGAACAGGAAAUGGGUCUAGCUGAUGCCGAGGAUACCAGGAUUUCUCUUGUGAAGGGUGAAUCUAUUGGAUCACAGCCUGCUGUUCCAGAGCUGGAGGAACGUAUUUUGAAGAUGAAGGAAGAAAGGUUGAAGAAAAAAUCAGAAGGUGCCUCUGAAGUUUUAACAUGGGUUAACAAGAGCCGCCAGAUUGAGGAAAAAAGGAAGGCUGAAAAGGAGAAAGCCUUGCAGCUCUCAAAGAUUUUUGAAGAGCAGGAUAGAAUUGAUCAAGAAGAAAGUGAUGAUGAGGAAGCAACGCGACGCACUACUGAAGAGCUGAGUGGGGCAAAAAUUCUUCAUGGGCUUGACAAAGUACUUGAAGGAGGUUCAGUUGUCUUAACUCUCAAGGAUCAGAGCAUACUUUCUGGUGAUGAUGUAAAUCAAGAGGUUGAUGUGCUUGAAAAUAUUGAAAUUGGAGAGCAGAAGCGGAGGGACGAUGCAUACAAGGCUGCAAAGAAGAAAAAAGGGAUUUAUGAUCAGAGUGAUGAGCUUGAUUCUGAAAAGAAAAUGCUUCCACAAUAUGAUGACCCGAUGGAAGAGGAGGGUGUGACCCUUGAUGGAACUGGACGUUUUAGUGGUGGUGCAGAGAAGAAACUGGAAGAGCUCCGGAGAAGAAUUCAGGGGGUUGCCACAAAAAACCACACUGAAGAUCUCAAUUCCUCUAGUAGAAUUUUGACAGACUAUUAUACUCAAGAAGAAAUGCUUCAAUUUAAGAAGCCCAAGAAAAAAAAAUCUCUAAGAAAGAAAGAGAAGCUGGACAUAGAUGCCCUUGAAGCAGAGGCUAUUUCUACUGGACUGGGUGCUGGGGAUCUUGGUCCUCGGAAUGAUAAGACAAGGCAAGCCCUAAAGGAGGAAAAGGAGAGAGCUGAGGCUGAGAUGCGAAGUAAGGCAUACCAGACUGCAUAUACAAAGGCUCAGGAAGCAUCUAAAGCACUUCGACCUGAGCAAGCUAUUACCACCAAGGCAGAGGAAGAUGAUGCUGUAUUUGAUGAUGAUGAUGAGGAGCUUCGAAAAUCAUUGGAAAGGGCAAGAAAAUUAGCUCUGAAAAAACAAGAGGCUGGUAAAUCUGUACCAGAGGCCAUUGCAUUGCUUGCCACUUCAAAUGCAAACAAUUCAACUGUAGAUAAUAACUCCAACCCUGCAAUUGGAGACUCGCAAGAAAAUAAGGUUGUCUUCACAGAAAUGGAAGAGUUUGUCUGGGGUCUUCAGCUUGAUGAAGAUUCGAAAAAACCAGAUGCUGAAGAUGUUUUCAUGGAAGAUGUGACACCGGUUUCUCCUGAAGCAGCAGCAAUAACUGAGGAUGGUGGCUGGACAGAGGUGAAAGAAACUGAGAAUAAUGAACCAGCCAUAGAGGAGGAUGAAGAGGCGGCUCCAGAUGGCGCAAUACAUGAAGCUUCUGUUGGAAAGGGGUUAUCUGGAGCUCUCAGGCUUCUGAAAGAACGAGGAACACUCAAGGAAACAAUUGAAUGGGGUGGUCGAAACAUGGACAAGAAGAAAAGCAAGCUUGUUGGCAUUACUGACCAGGAAGGACCCAAGGAAAUACACAUAGAGAGGACUGAUGAGUAUGGCCGAAUUUUGACUCCAAAAGAGGCCUUUCGGUUGCUUUCCCAUAAAUUUCAUGGAAAGGGCCCUGGCAAAAUGAAACAAGAGAAACGCAUGCGGCAAUACCAAGAAGAGCUAAAGGUGAAACAAAUGAAAAAUUCAGACACACCAUCACAGUCUGUGGAGAGAAUGAGGGAAGCUCAAGAAAAACUGAAGACUCCUUAUCUUAUUCUUAGUGGACAUGUUAAACCAGGGCAAACUAGUGAUCCCAGAAGUGGUUUUGCUACUGUUGAGAAGGACCUUCCUGGUGGUUUAACACCUAUGCUCGGUGAUAAAAAGGUUGAACACUUCUUGGGCAUAAAAAGGAAAUAUGAGCCAGGUGACUCUAACUCACAAAAGAAGCCUAGAACCUGAUUUGAAGUUAAUGCACUCUUAUGCGUUGAAGGUUGAAGCAACUGGUGCUAGCACUACAUUCUUGUUGAAAAUCAUCAAUCAUCAAUCUUGUCCCACAAGUUCAACGGUUAUAAUUGACAUUACAAUCUUGUUGAGAGCAUCAAUGAACCAGAUUCCCUAUCACUUGAAUUUAUUUGGGAUUGUUGAUCACUUUCAUUUGCUACACUUUGCAUUAACAAAAUAUGUCUUUUGAUGGUGAUGAAGAGGGUAUAUCAAUGAAACAAUCAGUUGUGUAGAAACCAACUAGUUAUGUUUUGUAUUCCAAAAAACUAGUUAUGUUUUGUACAUCUGUAAACAAUUUAUCCUUUUGGUAUGUAUACUGAAUGUAUGCUGAUAUGAAUAGAAACUACGGAGUAAUAUAUAGACAUCCCAACAAGUUUGAGUUCUUACAUGUUGGAUGUCAAUUGUUAUACCA